CCAAGGCGUUGGAUCGCUUCAUCACGAUAUCACCAUGCAGACAUCACGGAUACGGAUAGGUCGCCAGUUGCUGGAUGCGAGGACGAGAAUAGGGCGAGAGUCGACUCGGGCAUUCUCUGCCUCUGCACCCCGGGGUGUAAAGGAACCGCCACCGCCGCCGCCGCUGAAAGAUACGCAUGAUGGGACAACGCAUUUCGGCUUCGAGACGGUUGCAGAGGCGUUGAAGGAGCAGCGAGUUCGCGGCGUCUUCUCCUCAGUCGCCUCCAACUACGACUCCAUGAACGACUUCAUGUCUCUUGGUAUUCACCGCCUCUGGAAGGAUCACUUUGUUCGCAACCUGAAUCCCGGACGCAAUCCGCUCACAUCCUCCUCCGCCGAUCAGAAGGGCUGGAACAUCCUCGAUAUUGCUGGCGGCACCGGCGACAUCGCCUUCCGCAUGCUCGACCACGCCAGCCACAUCAACAACGAUGCGCACACGAACGUUACCGUAGCAGACAUCAACCCGGACAUGCUGGCCGAGGGCAAAAAGAGGAGUCUGCAGACGCCGUACGCAAGAAGCCCGCGGCUGAAGUUUGUCGAGGCCAACGCAGAGAAGCUCGACAUGAUCCCGGACAGCUCUAUUGAUCUGUACACCGUCGCAUUCGGCAUCAGGAACUUUACACACAAGGACAUCGCGCUGAAAGAGGCGUUCAGGGUGCUGAAGCCCGGUGGCGUUUUCGCAUGCCUCGAGUUCAGCAAGGUCGAGAACCCCCUAUUCAACGCCGUGUACCAGCAGUGGUCGUUCAACGCCAUUCCUUACAUUGGCCAGUUGGUCGCGGGCGACAAGGCAAGCUAUCAGUAUCUUGUUGAGUCGAUCGCCAAGUUCCCCAGCCAGCAAGAGUUCAGCGGAAUGAUCAGGGAUGCUGGGUUCCUCAUUCCAGGGAAGGGGUAUGAGAACCUGACUGACGGUAUUGCGGCAAUCCACAAGGGCGUCAAGCCUGCGUAAUAUGUGAGAUUGGCAUGUAUGUUCUUAGGUGUAUGAGUAAGCAUAUUAGACUACAGGAGUAAUCUCAGACAUUUGCGAGCUAUGGCUCUUCAGUUCAGAA